AUGAGCACCGCCCUCGCCCCGCGAGCGCAGGCGGGCGUCGCCGGCGCGGGCGCCGGGGCGCAGGCGGGCGGCGGCGAGGCGCGCGUGGUUGACCGCGCCACCCUGGAGGCCGUCUGCGGGGAGUGGUCAAAGGACUUCCGCCGCUGCGAGCCGAUGGACGACUUCUUCAGCCUCUUCGGCGUCUCCAUGCUGCUGCGGAAGGCGGCGCGGCUCAUGAGGGGCAUGCGGAUAGAGCUCAAGGGCGACAUGCUGGAGGUCACCCAGAUCUGCGCCCUGCGGUGGCUGAGCGUCACCGAGGCGUUCCCGUUGGCGCCCCACGCCGCGCCCGGCGAGCACCGCCGCCGCGACCUCCGGCGCGGCCCGCAGCGCGGCACGCUCGAGGGCGCCGCGGCCGGCGCGGUGCGGGCGCGGUUCAAGUGGGUGUGCGUCAGGCGCGGCUGCGGCGGCGAGGGCGGCGACGGCGGCGGCGGCGGCGCUGCAGCCUGA